GGCCCAAUUCACCGCCGGUUCCCUGCUCUGCAGCCCAACCCGACUACACAAACUCGUAGCAGUACAACCUUUCUCAACCGUUCUAUGGCUUCUACCCCACGAUAGGACCCUGAUAUCCUCGUCUCUUGCCUGUCCCUCUUGACCAGGGUUUCGCUUCUUGGUAAGUACCUCACGCAAUUCUUUACUUUACUACAAUAUUCUUAAGCGGCACCACUCGGCUUUCCAUUCUCCGGAAAAUGUUGUCGCCAUUAUAAAAAUUCACUUUGUACUAUGUACUAUACAUUCUCCGCGCUCAUUUUUUGGAAUUCCCCAAUGGCUUACUUAUAUGUCGCAGAACGACCCAUCUUUUAUCACUCGAUCAAAAAUAUUAUACGAAGAGGGUGAAAAAAAAGUGUGAGAAAAGAAAAGGCCACAAGACCUUUCACACUUCCAACUAUUCAGCCCCCAACUGGAAACCUGACCUUCUUAUACGAAACCUGGUCAUAUUGUCAGGACUAAGAAAUAAGCCGGACAUAAUUACAUCCCACCUGUCCCACUUCCCUGUCUUCGCGGACUUUCCUGCUUUCUAUUUGCCUGAUUUUAUUUUCUCACUUCCUCUCACCAAGACUUCUUCCUCAGUUUACACUUUGAGACACUUUUGGUGACUCUAUUGUGAUCGUUAUCGGUCGCUAGAAAGAUUGAAAUAUCAAUAUCGCUUGAGUCAUUUCUCAAAUUGUGGACAAGUUGAUCAACGCACCAACCAACGUCAAUAUGACUGAGCCUCGAUACCGGUACUCGGGUCGCAGGUCGCCUACUUCCAACCCCGCGCGAGCCUCGUUGCCUGUCGGCGUGGGUUACAACCCUCAUUUCAGCGGGGAUCUUCACGCGGUACCGACGGCGCGCUAUGACGCUGCUGCCCCGCGGAGAGUAAAUGAGCAUAAAGCCUCGUCCUCUUCGAAUACUCCUCCAACCACCACUAUUACAACUUAUAACGUUACUAAAGAGCCAGCGCCGCGCACUUCAAAUACCGCACGUCGUCGCUCAUCCACGGUAGACUCGGGCGCGGUAAAACCUAUCAUAGUUACGACUAACCAUGCCACACGACCUCACGGGUCAUCCUCCCACACGUCAUCUGCCGCUCGCCAGACUAGUCCGUCACGCGACCCUUACCGAUCGAGCGAUGAAACCUAUUAUACGCUACCUGCCUCCUCCACUUCGCGAGGCCAGCGAUAUAACCAUGGCUAUAGCCAGAGCGCGACGCUAAGCAAUGAUGAAAUCAGACGGUUGAGAGAACGAGUUGGCGGUAUCGACGAUAGACUACGAGCCCCGGUACACACCGCGACCGACUACUACCGAUACUCCCUGCCUCAUGCCAAUUAUGCGACUCCAUCACAUGACCUCAAUACCACGGCGGUGAUCGACUACGAGAACGAAGGCUACGAAUACACGAAACCUAGCGAUCUGGCUAGAUACGAUCUGGACCACGAUCGCCAGCAUCCUCGUGGACGCAGGCGGGAAAGCGUUGACCGUCCUGCUAACAACUAUUUCAGACCGACCGUGAACGUCGUGAGUAACGACCCAGGCCGCUACGACGCUCCCGGCCCCGGUCGCGGUCGUGGUCCGCCACCUGCAUCCUCUGCACUUGAGCGCUACAACAGAGCUACCGCUGCGGGCAUCUACGAUCGUCCUACCGUCACCAUGCCAGCUCUUCCACCUCCUGUUCCGGCCGCACCACCCGUCGACCCUAAACGUUGGAUUGAGGCGGCGCCGCCUAGGGACCCAUCUCCUGAGCGUAGAGUGACACGACCACGACCUGUAUCUUUGUACCAGGAUCCGCCGGCGCGCAUGUCUCAUCCCGACGAUCUUUACCGCUCUCAUGAUGACGAGCGUCUGCAUCGUCGUCGGGAGCGUGACGACUCUUACCUCGAUCCUGAGGUCCCUGCGCGCGGAUUUGGUAUCCGGACAGACUCCCUAAAAGUAGAACAACCAGAUCGCCCGGCAAGGUCAGUAGAUCGGCGCGACUAUGAUGACCGGCGCGUGCGCCGGGAAGCGGCGGAGCGCGAACCGCGACGUCGCUCUGAUGAGUCUAUCGACUACGCUCGCCCUCACGACAUUCGACAGUCUGUUGAUGAUACAGUGAGCCGAGACUCUAGAGACUCGAGAGAUUCCAGAGACACCCUCAGCCGUAAGGGUAGCCUAGGCGGCCGAGCCCGCGACAAGGUCGCUGCUGGCUUAGGCGUCGCCGCCGCUGCAAUGGGUCUGGUCCCUCCCAAGGAAUCACCCAAAGAUGAAGAACGCAGAGUCUCCCCGCGUCGCCGGGACGCUAUCGAUGAAGAACCAGAGGUGGCGAGCUCCCGCAGUGGUGAUAGGCACAAGCCUAGAGAGCGAGAUGUCGUGGAGCGCGUAGAACGCAAGCCUUCUCCCAGAGAAGAUGCCACCUUGGAACGACGAGAGUCUCGGAGAGAACGGGCGGACUCGACGUCGGCUUCCAGGGACCGUGAGACGGAUCGGGAGCUUGAGAGGGAGCGUAUUCGUGAGCGCGCCCUUGAUCGCGAGAGGGAACGAGACCGUGAUCAGAGAGAGCAGGAGAAGGAACGGGAGCGCGAGUUAGAACAGCGCGAACGCGAAAAAGAACGUGAGCGCUCUCGUGAGCGCGCCGAGCGCACUAGACGAGAUACCGAGGCCGUGCUCAACGGGUCAGCCGCAGUGGACGAGAGAGACGGCUCGCCACCCUCUGACGAUGGUAAGGGUACUUCGCGCAGACGUGGGCACAAUUCUGCAACCUUUGACCCUACCAAUACUAGCGACCUACUGGACGUCAAGGCCGAGUUGGCUGCUAAGGAUGGUCAAGAGAAACCAAAGGAGAAAUCCCCUGUCGGAGAUCGUACUUACAACAAGGAGGCUAGCCCCUCCGCCUCUAGCGAGCGCCAGUCGACCGACUCCCAUGAAGAGUCUCGGGGUCGCGAAGUAGUCGCAGCUUCGGAAAAACAAGUCCGCGUGGUGUCACCCCCCCGCGACAAGUCGGAGCAGAAGCCCAUCAAGGGCAUUCUUAAGCCGCCUAGCGCCAAAUUCCCCGAGGAAGAGAACCCGAUCCGGGAGGGCGUCGCGCCGCACAAGGACGACAAGACCAAGAAGGGUGUCCCGCCAGGCGCACGCUGGACCAAGAUCAACCGCAAGCUGAUCAACCCCGCCGCCUUAGAGGCCGGAAAGGAGCGCUUCGAGGUGCGCGACGACUUCGUUAUCGUGCUGAGGGUCUUGAACAAGGAGGAGAUACAGGCUUAUGCUACUGCGACGGCGCAGAUUAGAGCCGACAAGAGAAGAGAACUCGAAAAGGAUAUGGGCAGCAGUCACGACUAUGAUAGCCGCGACGAUGAGGAGAAGCGACCAAAUCGUCGCCACCGUCGGGACUAUGAUGAUGAUGAUCGUGAUUAUCGCCGAAACGAUGACCGCGAGCGUCAUAGAAGACAUAGACGCGAUGAUGACUCAGACGAUGAUGGACGCGGCACUCGCGCCCUCGAAUACGAGACUUCGGGUACCGGCCGACGCGACGCAGUCCGUCAUCACAGACCCCUUCGUGACCGCGAUUACGAUUCCAUCACUACGUCGGACGACAGGCGAUAAGCUGCCGUGCCCGGUAUUCUGGUGUCAUUUUUAUUUUAUUUUUAUGGGAUAUCUAGGGUGUACGUGGUUUAUAUGAUCUGUUGAUAUGUUUGUUCAUUCGUUUCAUGUAUACAUACAUGUUGCUGAGGUAAAGCAUCUCGUCGGCAGACAUGGGACGGGAUGGU